GUGCAGGCUGUAUCUGGGGCAGCUGGGGGCGCGCAGCGAGCUGCAAAAAUGUUGCGCGUUCAAGGGAGAGAAGAAAAAAUGUUCGGAGUCUGCGCAGUUCGGUUGUUCUCUCGACACUCCGAACUUUCGGGAGAACCGACGGAGAAAGGAGGGGAGGGAGAGAACAACGCCAUUUUCCUGGCCCUGUGCAGUCCGACAGGUGUCUUCAGUCCAGACUGGCAGGUAGAUCAGGACCAAGCAGUCCUGUAAUUUGGAGUUGGUUACAAACUGAGUUGUAGUAGGCCGUCGGAGGAGGAGGUGAAGAAGGAGAAGGAGAAGAAGAAGAAGAAGUGGACGAGGCAAAGGUGGAGCCAUGUCAGCCUCUUGGCGUGAGGACGAGGAAGAGUCGAAGGUGGGAGGAGUACGAGGGUCGAGGCUCAAACCGAGGUUCUCCUUCAAUGAGGUCAAACUGCUGCUGGAGGCAGUGAAGAUGAACAGAUACAUCAUCCUCAGGAAGUUCAACCAAGGGGUGUCGGCUGAAGCCAAGAAACAGACCUGGGCUGAAAUCACCAAUCAGAUCAACAGUCUGGGAGAGAAUCACAGAGAGGUGCGUCAGAUCAUGAAGAAAUGGGCGGAUCUCAAAUGUGACGGGAAGCGACGUGCCAUCGCCCUCCGGGGCCCCAACGGCAGCAACGUGCGGAAGAAGAACCUGGGCCCCGUGGAGAGGAUGGUCAAUAAGAUACUAAUGAUGAGCCCUCGAGGAGGCGGUGACAGCGAUCUGGACUUUGGCGAAGACGAAGACCUUUCCAAGCUUUACAGUAAAGGGCCACCCACCACUACGGCCUCCUACUCCUACCUCAGCUUAACGGACAGUUCCCACUCUAUUCCUGGAGGAGCCCCCUACGACCUUUCUCCUCUCUCCUCACCAGAGAAAGAACUUGGCGAUACUUUCCACUCCUCCUCUGAUUUUGAGCUGCCUGACGAUGGAGAUGGUACCAUGGACUUUGAAGAAAACGACGACUCCAUGUUGUCCUCCUACCCUUCCCCUCUUCCCCCACCCUCAACCUCUCUGGACCCUCUGCCUGACAACGCCCUGCUGAGGAUGAAGCCAGUCCACACCUACUCCCGGAACCACAGCCAGAACCACACCUCCCCCAGACCCGCCUCUGUGGCCUCGGGUUUGCCUCCCGUGUCGGAUUCAGAUGCCGCCUCGUCCUCUGCUGCUCCUCCCCCGUCGCGGUCGCCACCAAGCUCCAACACGACCACCUCCUCCCUCCCUGCUCCUUCCUCCUCCUCCACAUUAGUCACAGCCAAUACCUGCACCCCUCACCCUGCGCCGCCCUCUUCCUCCAUCCCUGGUGCUCCCGCCCUCACCGCCACUGUAUCUUCCAACUCUCAUGGACCUGUUCCCUCCUCCUCGGGCCUCCCACCCAACCGUCCCUCCACCUCAGGCUCCAGCCUGUCUGACCCCCUACCGGCCGGGGCGUCCUCCCGCAGGGCCCACGACCACGUGGCGCAGAUGGCCUCUCAGGGCCUCCAGCAGCAGCGGGCCAGCAGGAUGCUCCUGACCUCGGUGUCUCAGUCCCUGGAGAUACUGGCUCAGUCUGUCCAGCUGCUGGUGGAGAGCCAACAGGAGUUUGUGCAGGAGUCUCUGCUGCUGCAGAGGGAGACGGUGGACAUCCUCAGGGAUUUCUCCAACACGGCACUGACCAUGCUGAGAGACAAAUCCAACAGUGGGCAGCUGGCGACACAUCACCCUCAUCCCACCGCACACUUGUGAGAAACGGAGAUGGAUAAUGUCGCAGGCUUUCAAAUCAAACAAGGGCAGGCGACCACAUGCCAAGUGCAGGGGAGCAGACUCCACAUGCCGUCCUUGUGAUUUGAAAACAUCCGUGUUGUUGGUAAAACCUUGAAAGACACAGCUGAUUUAACGUCACAAGCCACUUGGGCUGAUGGACAGAAACGUUCCCUCCUGAGAACGGGACAAUAAAUUAAAUGUGGCCCCAGAGGCACAAACACAUAGUCGUAGGCCAUGAUCUCAUAGGCUGCUUAUUUAUGUGCCUGAAUCUCGUUGUUUUCCUCUCCCGUUGGUUUGGUGCGGCCCGUGUGUUUUCCACACUGUAACUAGCAUUUUAAAGUUUUGAGCUGCUGAAAUCACACAACCAGAGAUGGACUGGGUGGACUUUCACCAGUUGGCUGCCCUCCUGGGUCACUUGAUUUAACCGGCUCACUGACUGAGAGGAAAUUAACGAAGUAACCGUAACUUUUGACUGUUCUCAAAUGGAGUAACAUGAGCUGCUGAGAUAGAGAAUAAGACUCAUAACCGUGAUAAGGACAAAAGUGAGUAUGCAAAAAAACACUGACAAAUUUAUAAUAAACCAUUUUAAAACAAA